GACAGCAGGUGCAUUCGUGAGGAUCGCACAUCGGUUAAUUCACCGACGGCACUUUCUGGCUAUUUAUGUGGACGACAUUCUGGCCUUGUUUCGCAGAAGUGAAGCCUCAACGGGUGCAGUCUUGGUCGUUUUCUUAGCCACUGCUCUAGGCGUACCAAUAAGCUGGAAAAAGUUGGUGCUUGGCAGCUGUGUGAAAUGGCUGGGUUGGAUGGUGCGUCUAGGCGAAGCCCCGACGGCGCAUCUACCAGAAGACAAGCGUAUCCGCCUCCUAGGUGCGCUGCAACUGUUGCGCGUGGCUGGAGCCAUGGUUUCACGGAAACAUCUGGAGCAGCUGGUUGGUCUCUUGUCCUGGUUCGUUUCUGGCGUGCGUUGGCUGCGGCCUUGGUUACGUCAAUUGUUUCAUCUGUUGCAUAAGCCGUCAGUGGUGCUGCGAGCCUUGGACAGUGCGCAACUCACUGAGAUCUCCCAAGUCGUAAGCUUGGAGGGUGAGAUCCACACUUGCCCGUUCCUGUCUGACGUCAUGCAAGGUUGGCGCAUUUUGGAAGUCGGACAUGUUCCUUCCCAGGGCCCGCGAGACUUGCUAAAAGCACAGGUGAAGCAGGGUCGCGCCUGGGUCAAAUUUGGCGAUGGUUGCUCCAAGGAGGUAAGAGUCUCCAAGGAGGAAGCACAGGUCGCUGAUUUCUAUCACAGCCUGGUUUCAAAAAAUGUGGAAGUGCAGCUGGUGCACAAGAAGGGUCCGCAUGUCCUGGCGGCAGCUGACGCAUACGCGGCAGAGUUGCCGGACUGGUUUGUGCAGGAACAUGGUCGUAGUGAUCUGCAGAAAUACAUUUGCGCGCUUGAAGCUUUGGCCCAGCUUGUGCUCAGCAAGUCACUGAUUGCGGACAGUCGGGUCGGCCCGACCUUCUCGUGUGUAGGACAGGUGGUGUUGCGACAAAGCUGCGACAAUUCGGGGGUCUGCGGCGCAGUCAGCAAGGCUUCGUCUAUGCGGCGACCGUUGGCCGACGUUCUGCAGGCUAUGGCAAUGCUGUGCAUGCAGCGCCAAGUUGUUUUGCAGGCAUCACAUGUUGCAGGUCAGCGGAAUACAUGGGCGGAUCUGUUGAGCAGAGGGCGGGCAGCAAACGGUUCGCCGGAGUUCUGGGCGUCACUAGACUCCCGCCGAAGCCGGACGGCGGACUGGCAUCGCCUUUUGGAUGCUGGUCAAUUGAGUCCAUUGCGUUAG